GUGCGUGUAUGAUGGAUACAAACCCUAACGUGUUAGGGCUGGAGGACCAGCAUAGAACUGUAAGUAGCCCACAAUGUUUGAUUGUUGUAACAGCAGAUAUAUGGUUUUGUAAUCUGGCUAUCUAUCAGGUAAUUGACAGCCCUUGAUCUCUCUCAUCACUUUACUCAAAUACAACUGGCAGUUUUCUGACCCUUUGCCCAUUAAAGUAAGUGUUGGGUUACUUGACUGGACUGAGAAAUGUAACUUAUAUACCCUGCAAAUAGUUUUUUCAUAAAUCACGAUUUUUUUCACCUAAAAUGGCACCCUAUUCACUAUGUAGUGCACUGCUUUUGACUAGGGCCUGACUACUUUUUAACAGGCCUGGACAAAAGUAGUGAAUAGGGUGCCAUUUGGGGACAAAAGUAGUGAAUAGGGUGCCAUUUGGGGACAAAAGUAGUGAAUAGGGUGCCAUUUGGGAUGCAUCCGUGAGUGAUGAUACUGUCCACUUCCAGGCUUCCUCCAGUUCCUCUAGCUGUAGGGAGACAAGUCAUGCUGCAGUGACCUCAGGAUCCAGAGUCAGUGGAGAGCAACAUCCUCAGAAACCCAGCAAACAGCGCUCCCAACAGGGCUUCAGUGUACUACAGAAACUGUCUGCUGAGUAAGUUCAGUUACAGUGUAUGUCCACUACCAGUCAAAAGUUUGGACACACGUACUCAUUCAAGGGUUUUUCUUUAUUUUUACUUUUUUUUUACAUUGUAGAAUAAUAGUGAAGACAUCAAAACUAUGAAAUAACACAUAUGGAAUCAUGUAGUAACCCAACAUUUUUUAAACAAAUCAAAAUAUAUUUUGUAUUUGAGAUUCUUCAAAUAGCCACCCUUUGCCUUGAUGACAGCUUGGCACACUCUUGGCAUUCUCUCAACCAGCUUCAUGAGGUAGUCACCUGGAAUGCAUUUCAAUUAACAGGUGUGCCUUGUUAAAAGUUAAUUUGUGGAAUUUAUUUCCUUCUUAAUGUAUUUGAGCCAAUUAGUUGUGUUGUGACAAGGUAGGGUGGGGUAUACAGAAGAUAGCCCUAUUUGGUAAAAGACCAAGUCCAUAUUAUGGCAAGAACAGCUCAAAUAAGCAAAGAGAAAGGACAGUCCAUCAUUACUUUAAGACAUGAAGGUCAGUCAAUAUUGAACAUUUCAAUAACUUUUAAAGUUUCUUCAAGUGCAGUUGCAAAAACCAUCAAGCGCUAUGAUGAAACUGGCUCUCAUGAGGACCACCACAGGAAUGGAAGACCCAGAGUUAUCUCUGCUGCAGAGGAUAAGUUCAUAAGAGUUACCAGCCUCAGAAAUUGCAGCUCAAAUAAAUGCUUCAGAGUUCAAGUCACAGACACAUCUCAACAUCAACUGUUCAGAGGGGACUGUGUGAAUCAGGCCUUCAUGGUCGAAUUGCUGCAAAGAAACCACUACUAAAGGACACCAAUAAGAAGAAGAUACCUGCUUGGGCCAAGAAACAUGAGCAAUGGACAUUAGACCAGUGGAAAUGUAACCUUUGGUCUGGAGUCCAAAUUGGAGAUAUUUGGUUCCAACUGCUGUGUCUUUGUGAGACGCGGUGUGGGUGAACUGAUGAUCUCCGCAUGUGUAUUUCCCACUGUAAAGCAUGGAGGAGGAGGUGUUAUGGUGUGAGUGUGCUUUGUUUGUGACACUGUCUGUGAUUUAUUUAGAAUUCAAGGCACACAGCAUUCUGCAGCAAUACGCCAUCCCAUCUGGUUUGGGCUUAGUGGGGCUAUCAUUUGUUUUUCCACAGGACAAUGACCCAACACACCUCCAGGCUGUGUAAGUGCUAUUUUACCAAGAAGGAGAGUGAUGGAGUGCUGCAUCAGAUGACCUGGCCUCCACAGUCCCCCGACCUCAACCCAAUUGAGAUGGUUUGGGAUGAGUCGGACGGUAAAGUGAAGGAAAAGCAGGCAACAAGUGCUAAGCAUAUGUGGGAACUCCUUCAAGACUGUUGGAAAAGCAUUCCAGGUGAAGCUGGUUGAGAGAAUGCCAAGAGUGUGCAAAGUUGUCAUCAAGGCAAUGGGUGGCUACCUUGUCACAACACAACAGAUUGGCUAAACACGUUAAGAAGGAAAGAAAUUCCACAGAUUAACUUUUAACAAGGCACACCUGUUAAUUGAAAUGCAUUCCAGGUGACUACCUCAUGAAGCUGGUUGAGAGAAUGCCAAGAGCGUGCAAAGCUGUCAGCAAGGCAAAGGGUGGCUACUAUGAAGAAUCUCAAAUCUCAAAUAUAUUUUGACUUGUUUAACACUUUUGGUUACUACAUGAUUCCAUAUGUGUUAUUUCAUAGUUUUGAUAUCUUCACUAUUAUUCUACAAUGUAGAAAAUAGUAAAAAUAAAGAAAAAAAACUUGAAUGAGUACGUGUGUCCAAACCUUUGACUGUGUAAUAACUGUGUGUUUUUUUUUUUUAAAUAUAUGUGUCGUUUUUUCUUGUAUAUAACCACUCCACAAAAGAAGUCCCCUGAUUUAAAAAAAAAGUAUUUUAAUUCAAUUUAAUACAAUAAGAAGCCUAAUGUGAAAUGUGUUACAAAUGAACAAAGUACAGGAAAUCAUGUCACCCUACUGUAUGUAGGGUAAAUUAUAAAUACAUAAUUUCCCUGUUGACAAUCUCAGAGAACGGAGGAUCACGAAUGAAUGUCUACAUGGUGUGGUGAGUCUAACCAUUAUGUAGAGUUUAUAGAGGCAAUCAGCUGGUGCUAUAUCUAUUUGUGGACGUAUAAAUUAAUGAUAUGUACCCAUUGAUCUUGAAGAAGAUAAGUUAUAAAUGCCUCAUUAGCUUAGUUCGACUGUCGUACCCCAUCAGAACCCAAGAUAUGAACUUGUUUUACUCUAAUGUUUGUAAACACAGUAAAUGUAAACAAACAGCCUCAAAACAUGGUUAAAACUAUAGUCUUGAUAUCAUGGAUGGUCAGUCCUUGGCAUCCUCUAUUUAUGAAUUUGAGAGUGGUUACAUUUCUCCAAACCCAUCCCUCAGCUUUUUACUGAAACAGGGGCAUUCUGUUUUGUUAUUGUUUCUACGGCUGAUUGCCCCUUUAAAGGUAUUAGUUAUUAGUAUAAGAUAUUAGUUCAGAGAUUUCAGUAACUAUCCUUAAAGUCACAUUGAGAAAGGUUACCAUGUAUCUCAUUGCCGACUAAAGCGUUGUCAAAUUAUGAAUUGAUUCAACAAUACAGUGGUUAAAAAGGAACCUCUACUGAAAUGUUUUUAUUUUCUCCUUUCUUCAAAAUUCAGAUUAGUUUGGAGGACCUGAGUCACGCAUCGGAUGGCAUCAUCGACUGGGUGGUGACCGUCACCACUGAAGUUCUCCUCCCUGCCCUCUCCCUGUCCAAAGCUCUGAGAAGCAGAUCCUCCUCCAGCACUAAACAGGAUCCACAGAGAAGGUCCCCAUCAGAGGCCUCGCUGCUACAGGCCCCAUCAAUAUCAACAUCAUCAUCAACAUCUCCACACUCUGGUGCCUCCCCAGUGAGACUGAGAAUCAUCCCCAAAAUGUCCAGCUUCCUUACAGGCCAGGGUGACGCUACUGGUCGCCUUCUGGGGGGGCGGCCCCUUGGAUCCCUGUUAGGUGGAGAGGUGAGGACAGAUGCUGAGUUAGAACACAAGGCCAGCAGGGUGGUGGCUGUGGUUCUACAAGGGGUCUGGACUAUGACAUCAGUAGACACUAGCGACCCUGAGAUGGGGGCUCUUCUCUCAGGCAUUCUCAAGAACAUCCCCAUGGUGUUGAAUCCUGCUGCUAGCUGCAGAUAGAGAAAGCUCUGACAGUCAGAGUCCCUUGGAGACAGUUGACAUUGGGCAGAGAAUCAACCCAGGGUUUUUCCUCUCAGACGAGCACAUCAGCGGUAUUUGCUCAGACACGGUGACCAGCGCGUGCAGCAACGCCAGGUUCUCUGUAUUGGAGGACAAGUCUCUAGGCUUCACUGAUGACAGAACCCUGGCUCCUCCAUCACCGCUUUGUCAGAAGUCCCAGUGUUGCCUGACGGCUGGGGAAGAGACAGGCAGGGCUCCCUCUCUCUCUGAGCAGCACAGCACCACCUCCCUACAGGGAAGACAGUCAUGUUCCUCACACUGCAGCCAGACAUCAGGGCAGAGUGCUGCCUCCCUCUCUGGUAGUCAGAGUCCAGACGAGCUCCUCACCCCUGAGGUGAAGCAGAGGAUUAUCAUGGCUGUGGAGGAGAUCAUCACAGAGGGCGGUGAGGACGAAGCCUCUGGAUCCACAGAGCUGUGUGAAGCUGUGUCACCAGGCUCUCGCCGCUUCACUCCCACUACCAGCCUGGCAGCCAGCAACAUUUUGUCUGUUGUUCUGCACGGCCUAAAGGACACCAUCGGUGCGGUUCAGUCCAAAGAGGUCACCAGGUCAGAGUUGGAAAAGACAAUCAGCCAAAGCCUGGUCAACUCUGUGAUGGUGAUCCUGAAGAGUCGGUUGAUGCUGGAUGCUCAGGUUCCUGUGGUGCAGGGGGACAACUCCACCCUGAAGACCUCAGAGCAGAUCCCACAUGGAACCAUGGAGACCCCAGAGCUGAUCCCAUCUGUAACCAUGGAGACCUCAGAGCUGAUCCCAGACAGAACCAUAGAGCCUCAAGGAUGUUCCUCAGACAUAGCUGUGGAUAAGAACCACAUCUCCCUCCAAGGUGAUGAGGACAUGGCUUAUGAGGCUAGCAUCACCGCCACCUCUAUCUUCUCCUCCAUCGUGGAUCUGGUGAAUCCCAUAAAGGACAGAAGGUCCACCUCAUCCAGGGGAGGCUCUCAGGAUCAGUGCCCCAUGCGUGCCUUCCUGGACUCCAAGGACCUAGCAGGGUUCCUUCGCAGCCCUAACCUCCGCCGCUUCUCUGAGCAACUGAUCUCGCACGUGGUGCGACUGAUCCUGGAUUCCAAAAUGGCGAAGACGACGUCAGUGAGAACGUGUUUCUCAGACACGACAGUCACCAACCUGAGUGGAGGCCUUGACCUGUCCACAGAGUUCUGUACUGAGCUCCUCUACAGAUUUGCGGAGGGGGCGGUCAAGAACCUUCUGGAGACUUUCCUGAGUGUUCCACACAGCCCUCCUGUGGAAUCCUUCAUGGAGGAUUACAGCUGCAUGGAAGAGAGGAACUGGGUGGUCUCUCCCACCCUCUCUAGUGCCAGGAGUGCAUGCCUGGAGAGUGAUGAUGACUCCACAAUCACACAAGAGUCAGGUGAAGUGGGCGUGGUCAAGCCCAGCUCUAGGAAAACCAUCAAUGAUCUUCUAUCUGACAUGUUCAUUGACAGAGUUGGAGAACUUCUCCUAGAGGGUUGUGAUGAUGAUGAGGUUGAACAGACUGCUGACAUAGUUGAAGAACGUCUCCAAGAGGCAUGUGAUGAUGAUGAGGUUGAACGUACUUCAAACAACAGUAAGAUAUCUGUACAAGCAUAUUUGGUUUGAUCAACAUAGGUCUGUCCAUAAAGUGUCCAUACAAAGCUAAGAUGAUUAGUAAGUCAGAUUUGCUGUAUUGGAAAAAAAAUCUGACUUUUACAACAUGGUAUUUAUAUGGUGCACAACCAUAGCGCUGUCACAUUUCUUUAAGAUAAGUGAAAUAAUAGAUUAUUGAUGGUAUCAACAUGACAUAAGGACCCAAUUAUCUUUGUGAUUUAACUGUUGUGCAUCUCCAGAUUGCAUGAUGCCGGACAUGAUGUCAGAGACUUUGUCUAAGUAUUCUCUUGAAGCUGAACUGGACGAGUGCAGAGCUGAAUCAGUGGACUCAGCCGAGACAGAGCACAGCACCUCAUCCUUCUGGCAGUCCAAUCCCAGCCAGGCUUCCUUCAAGGCAGAAGCCUCAUUAGAUGCCUCCUGGCUGGCCUCACUGGAGGCGAUGGUAGACCUCAGCUCUGCUAACAAUGCUGCAUUAACAGCUGACUGUCAGAACAUGGCUUUGACUCAGAGCAGCAAAGGUGCAGCAGGCCACAAAGGCUGGCGCUGCAUCCUCUGCUGCCAGACUGCUGAGGGGACUCCCAUUGAGGUAGCAACACUAUUAUCACUAUAUCUCACAGACUAUUACACAUUCAAAAACAUUGAAAUGAAGUAUCUUAAUUUCAAAGAAUUGAUUAGAGAAAUACAUUAUAGCAAAACAUUAAUGUCAAGUCAAUGUCAUGUUAUGCCUCUGUGGUUAACAACAGCCUGAGGUGCCUAAAACUCUAUCAAAGACAGCGAAGUUUCAGAACAAAAGCCAGAAGAAAUCUUCCAAGCCUCGUAAAGGAAAUAACUUCAAUAAUUCAGUGGCACCCCUGCCUGGUAAGUUUUCCUAACAUAACAAAUGCUCAGGUUACAGGUUACAGGUUGUGCGGAAUUGUGUAAAGCUGUGUUCGAUUGAAAUACAGGUGACAGCAGCUAUUACAGGCCUGUCAGAGUACUGAUCUCUUGUUGAUCUGUAGUUUCAGCUGCUGCAGAGAAACACAAGAAGCCCUCCUUUGGCUCCCGCUUGUCCGCUGCCUUCGCCAGGUUAUUUUGUGGAUGCUGUGGUAGCAAGAAGAAGAUCAGACAGUAGAGAAUCAUAUCAGCCACAAAGGAUAACACCAGACAUAUUUCAGCGCUGGGUUUAAAUAGUAAAACCCACAUGAAUAAAUAAAGAAACAUAAUUGCACUCAAGUUCAACCAUACCACAGCUUUUCCUUUAUUGAUCGUCUCCUGACAAAGUCCACCACAUCUACAUCAGAUCUUUCACAAACAAGCAACAAAAAGGAAAUAAUUACGUACAUUGAUCCUUAAUUAAUUAACUGAUUAAUUUAAUCAAAAAUCUUCACAUCAAAAGCAUUACAACUAUUUUUUUUUCAACUCCGUAGUACCACACAAAGACCACAUAAUUCUUACACAAUGUAUAUAUAAUUGGUAGUUAUGUCAUUUUAUUCAACUUUUUUCUUCAUAAUUGUUGGUCACACUUUAUUUGGAUAGUCCCAUAUAAAUGAUAUACAGAUGGUCAUAGUAUCGACUAAGUAGCUGUUGAUAAGCAAAUGUUUGCUAAGGUUAUGGUUAGGGUUAGGUUUAGAAUAAGGGUAAGGGUUAAGGUUAGGGCUAGGUUAAGGGUUAAGUUUAGGGUUAGGAUAAGGGUAAGCUUAGGGUUAGUGCUAGCGUUAGGGUUAGUGGAUAGUUAGUUGAAAUGUUAUUGACAGUUAUUGAACAUCUACAAACCAUCUACAACCCAUCUACUUGGGACUAUCCAAAUAAAGUGUUACCUAAAUGUUUCGCCCCAGAAAGGUUUGCAACAGUAAAACAUGACAAAGAAAAUGUUUCCUGACUCAGAAAACAAUGCCACACCUUACAUAAUGAACAUAAUGUUCUUUUGAAACACACACACUUUAAAUGCAUUAAUACAUAUAGACAUAUGCUAUUUUAAUAAUAGAUACAAUAUAUUAUCUUCAUUUAUAACAUAGUAAUAUCUGGUUAAUAAUAAUGUAUUAAAAAUGUUAUUUCAUACAUAUAUAAUUACAUGUUGUUCAUAAUUACACAUGUGUUAUGUAUGCCACAAAAUAAAAAUGUCCUGUUGUUUUUAUAAUAUCUGAAGGAUAUAUAUAUAUAUACUUAAGAAUCUCAAACAAAAAAUUAUUGAAUAAAUAUACAAUUCUUGAGCACGUUUUGCCUUGAAAAAAAAAAACACUCAGUCACAUACACACAUGGAUCAUUACGAACAUUUGGAAACAGAAAUCACUAAGAUCUUCAGCUGUUGGCAUGAAAGAAGAGAUAAAUAGCACUGGUCAGUCUGUAAUCAACUGCUGGUAUUCUAGUGCUAAAUCAAAUGAGAGGCUUCCGAGGCCACUUUGGGAGAAUCUCAAUUGCAUACUCCUCGCAUCCUCUCUCCUCACCUCCUUCUCUUUAAUCCAUUUUAUGAGAAAGCCAGAGAUUCCUCCCUUCUGACCUUCUCCUCCAAUAGGUUUUGAGGAGGUGAGGAGAGAGGACAGGAGUAUGCAAUUGACACUCUCUCUUUGAUUUUAAGGACAUACACUAUGUCAGUUACUAGUGUCAAGCCAGUGUUGGUCACAUUUUGGUUGGCAGUCAACAUUGUUGCAUGGGUGUUGGUAAUUGGCGGAAAAGGACUUCGCUUUUAAGUUGGUUACAUACAUCGGUCUUCUUUAUUCGUGCUUACACGUCAUCAUUAUUGAAUUUGGUGCCUGCUGAUGGAAUGCUUAAGAAUUUGAUUAAAGGUUUACUGAUUUAUCUAGUUCGAGAAUGUUCCGCUGUGAACAGUUGAGGACAAUAUCUGAGUUUGUGCUGGUGAUGAUGCAGCACAUCUGUAACAGCUCAAUUUCUGUUAUUGUUGCUUGUCUAUAGUUGUGCUUUACUGUUAGUUGUUCAGUUCCUGUAUGUCAUACCCUGUCCUUUGUCAUGUAUGAUGGGAUAACAUUUCAGAUUUAGCACUGUUAACAGUGGGUUUGGCUAGGGUGUUAAUUUGGCAUAGAUAUGGCAGAAAACAUGAAACAAUGCAGUCCUCCAUGACCAAGAGUAGACACCAUUUUACCUUUGCCAAACAAAGAAAGCUAAACUGGCAGAAAAGGGAUGGCAAGCAGGUCCUAGGUCAUUGUUCAAUGACCGGGCUACAGUGUUGAGGCCCACAAAACACAGUGGUCUUUCGUAGGACUUGUGUUGCUCAGGUAUCAUCACCUAUAUCAUCAGGCGACUAUCUAUUCCCUUUAUGUUGGCCAGAAAGUAGCUUUGCACACCAAUUGCCUUCCUAAGGUUCCUUCUUUAAUAUGUGUUGAUAUAUGUGGGAGUAUAGGUGUGUAUGAGUUCCAAGACUGCAUCCCGAUUCUCCAACUUUCUCCCAAAGUGUGCACUUGCACACUCCCCAACAACGGUUGGUGGAAACUCCUUCCAGCCAAUGCUUACACCAAUCCAUUGUAUCCAUGAUGGGGAGUUUGCAAGUGCACACUUUGGGAGAAGGGGAAUUUGGGUUCCCAAAACAAAAACCCCCGGAAGGAAAAGCAGGCAACAAGUGCUAAGCAUAUGUGGGAACUCCUUCAAGACUGUUGGAAAAGCAUUCCAGGUGAAGCUGGUUGAGAGAAUGCCAAGAGUGUGCAAAGUUGUCAUCAAGGCAAUGGGUGGCUACCUUGUCACAACACAACUGAUUGGCUCAAACACGUUAAGAAGGAAAGAAAUUCCACAGAUUAACUUUUAACAAGGCACACCUGUUAAUUGAAAUGCAUUCCAGGUGACUACCUCAUGAAGCUGGUUGAGAGAAUGCCAAGAGCGUGCAAAGCUGUCAGCAAGGCAAAGGGUGGCUACUAUGAAGAAUCUCAAAUCUCAAAUAUAUUUUGACUUGUUUAACACUUUUGGUUACUACAUGAUUCCAUAUGUGUUAUUUCAUAGUUUUGAUAUCUUCACUAUUAUUCUACAAUGUAGAAAAUAGUAAAAAUAAAGAAAAAAAACUUGAAUGAGUACGUGUGUCCAAACUUUUGACUGGUACUGUAUGUAUUAACUGUGUUUUUUUUUUUAAUAUAUGUGUAGUUUUUUCUUGUAAAGUCCCCUGAUUAAAAAAAAAGUAUUUUAAUUCAAUUUAAUACAAUAAGAAGCUUAAUGUGAAAUGUGUUACAAAUGAACAAAGUACAGGAAAUCAUGUCACCCUACUGUAUGUAGGGUAAAUUAUAAAUACAUCAUUUCCCUGUUGACAAUCUCAGAGAACGGAGGAUCACGAAUGAAUGUCUACAUGGUGUGGUGAGUCUAACCAUUAUGUAUAGUUUAUAGAGGCAAUCAGCUGGUGCUAUAUCUAUUUGUGGACGUAUAAAUUAAUGAUAUGUACCCAUUGAUCUUGAAGAAGAUAAGUUAUAAAUGCCUCAUUAGCUUAGUUCGACUGUCGUACCCCAUCAGAACUCAAGAUAUGAACUUGUUUUACUCUAAUGUUUGUAAACACAGUAAAUGUAAACAAACAGCCUCAAAACAUGGUUAAAACUAUAGUCUUGAUAUCAUGGAUGGUCAGUCCUUGGCAUCCUCUAUUUAUGAAUUUGAGAGUGGUUACAUUUCUCCAAACCCAUCCCUCAGCUUUUUACUGAAACAGGGGCAUUCUGUUUUGUUAUUGUUUCUACGGCUGAUUGCCCCUUUAAGGUAUUAGUUAUUAGUAUAAGAUAUUAGUUCAGAGAUUUCAGUAACUAUCCUUAAAGUCACAUUGAGAAAGGUUACCAUGUAUCUCAUUGCCGACUAAAGCGUUGUCAAAUUAUGAAUUGAUUCAACAACACAGUGGUUAAAAAGGAACCUCUACUGAAAUGUUUUUAUUUUCUCCUUUCUUCAAAAUUCAGAUUAGUUUGGAGGACCUGAGUCACGCAUCGGAUGGCAUCAUCGACUGGGUGGUGACCGUCACCACUGAAGUUCUCCUCCCUGCCCUCUCCCUGUCCAAAGCUCUGAGAAGCAGAUCCUCCUCCAGCACUAAACAGGAUCCACAGAGAAGGUCCCCAUCAGAGGCCUCGCUGCUACAGGCCCCAUCAAUAUCAACAUCAUCAUCAACAUCUCCACACUCUGGUGCCUCCCCAGUGAGACUGAGAAUCAUCCCCAAAAUGUCCAGCUUCCUUACAGGCCAGGGUGACGCUACUGGUCGCCUUCUGGGGGGGCGGCCCCUUGGAUCCCUGUUAGGUGGAGAGGUGAGGACAGAUGCUGAGUUAGAACACAAGGCCAGCAGGGUGGUGGCUGUGGUUCUACAAGGGGUCUGGACUAUGACAUCAGUAGACACUAGCGACCCUGAGAUGGGGGCUCUUCUCUCAGGCAUUCUCAAGAACAUCCCCAUGGUGUUGAAUCCUGCUGCAGCUGCAGAUAGAGAAAGCUCUGACAGUCAGAGUCCCUUGGAGACAGUUGACAUUGGGCAGAGAAUCAACCCAGGGUUUUUCCUCUCAGACGAGCACAUCAGCGGUAUUUGCUCAGACACGGUGACCAGCGCGUGCAGCAACGCCAGGUUCUCUGUAUUGGAGGACAAGUCUCUAGGCUUCACUGAUGACAGAACCCUGGCUCCUCCAUCACCGCUUUGUCAGAAGUCCCAGUGUUGCCUGACGGCUGGGGAAGAGACAGGCAGGGCUCCCUCUCUCUCUGAGCAGCACAGCACCACCUCCCUACAGGGAAGACAGUCAUGUUCCUCACACUGCAGCCAGACAUCAGGGCAGAGUGCUGCCUCCCUCUCUGGUAGUCAGAGUCCAGACGAGCUCCUCACCCCUGAGGUGAAGCAGAGGAUUAUCAUGGCUGUGGAGGAGAUCAUCACAGAGGGCGGUGAGGACGAAGCCUCUGGAUCCACAGAGCUGUGUGAAGCUGUGUCACCAGGCUCUCGCCGCUUCACUCCCACUACCAGCCUGGCAGCCAGCAACAUUUUGUCUGUUGUUCUGCACGGCCUAAAGGACACCAUCGGUGCGGUUCAGUCCAAAGAGGUCACCAGGUCAGAGUUGGAAAAGACAAUCAGCCAAAGCCUGGUCAACUCUGUGAUGGUGAUCCUGAAGAGUCGGUUGAUGCUGGAUGCUCAGGUUCCUGUGGUGCAGGGGGACAACUCCACCCUGAAGACCUCAGAGCAGAUCCCACAUGCAACCAUGGAGACCCCAGAGCUGAUCCCAUCUGUAACCAUGGAGACCUCAGAGCUGAUCCCAGACAGAACCAUAGAGCCUCCAGGAUGUUCCUCAGACAUAGCUGUGGAUAAGAACCACAUCUCCCUCCAAGGUGAUGAGGACAUGGCUUAUGAGGCCAGCAUCACCGCCACCUCUAUCUUCUCCUCCAUCGUGGAUCUGGUGAAUCCCAUAAAGGACAGAAGGUCCACCUCAUCCAGGGGAGGCUCUCAGGAUCAGUGCCCCGUGCGUGCCUUCCUGGACUCCAAGGACCUAGCAGGGUUCCUUCGCAGCCCUAACCUCCGCCGCUUCUCUGAGCAACUGAUCUCGCACGUGGUGCGACUGAUCCUGGAUUCCAAAAUGGCGAAGACGACGUCAGUGAGAACGUGUUUCUCAGACACGACAGUCACCAACCUGAGUGGAGGCCUUGACCUGUCCACAGAGUUCUGUACUGAGCUCCUCUACAGAUUUGCGGAGGGGGCGGUCAAGAACCUUCUGGAGACUUUCCUGAGUGUUCCACACAGCCCUCCUGUGGAAUCCUUCAUGGAGGAUUACAGCUGCAUGGAAGAGAGGAACUGGGUGGUCUCUCCCACCCUCUCUAGUGCCAGGAGUGCAUGCCUGGAGAGUGAUGAUGACUCCACAAUCACACAAGAGUCAGGUGAAGUGGGCGUGGUCAAGCCCAGCUCUAGGAAAACCAUCAAUGAUCUUCUAUCUGACAUGUUCAUUGACAGAGUUGGAGAACUUCUCCUAGAGGGUUGUGAUGAUGAUGAGGUUGAACAGACUGCUGACAUAGUUGAAGAACGUCUCCAAGAGGCAUGUGAUGAUGAUGAGGUUGAACGUACUUCAAACAACAGUAAGAUAUCUGUACAAGCAUAUUUGGUUUGAUCAACAUAGGUCUGUCCAUAAAGUGUCCAUACAAAGCUAAGAUGAUUAGUAAGUCAGAUUUGCUGUAUUGGAAAAAAAAUCUGACUUUUACAACAUGGUAUUUAUAUGGUGCACAACCAUAGCGCUGUCACAUUUCUUUAAGAUAAGUGAAAUAAUAGAUUAUUGAUGGUAUCAACAUGACAUAAGGACCCAAUUAUCUUUGUGAUUUAACUGUUGUGCAUCUCCAGAUUGCAUGAUGCCGGACAUGAUGUCAGAGACUUUGUCUAAGUAUUCUCUUGAAGCUGAACUGGACGAGUGCAGAGCUGAAUCAGUGGACUCAGCCGAGACAGAGCACAGCACCUCAUCCUUCUGGCAGUCCAAUCCCAGCCAGGCUUCCUUCAAGGCAGAAGCCUCAUUAGAUGCCUCCUGGCUGGCCUCACUGGAGGCGAUGGUAGACCUCAGCUCUGCUAACAAUGCUGCAUUAACAGCUGACUGUCAGAACAUGGCUGUGACUCAGAGCAGCACAGGGGCAGCAGGCCACAAAGGCUGGCGCUGCAUCCCCUGCUGCCAGACUGCUGAGGGGACUCCCAUUGAGGUAGCAACACUAUUAUCACUAUAUCUCACAGACUAUUACACAUUCAAAAACAUUGAAAUGAAGUAUCUUAAUUUCAAAGAAUUGAUUAGAGAAAUACAUUAUAGCAAAACAUUAAUGUCAAGUCAAUGUCAUGUUAUGCCUCUGUGGUUAACAACAGCCUGAGGUGCCUAAAACUCUAUCAAAGACAGCGAAGUUUCAGAACAAAAGCCAGAAGAAAUCUUCCAAGCCUCGUAAAGGAAAUAACUUCAAUAAUUCAGUGGCACCCCUGCCUGGUAAGUUUUCCUAACAUAACAAAUGCUCAGGUUACAGGUUACAGGUUGUGCGGAAUUGUGUAAAGCUGUGUUCAAUUGAAAUACAGGUGACAGCAGCUAUUACAGGCCUGUCAGAGUACUGAUCUCUUGUUGAUCUGUAGUUUCAGCUGCUGCAGAGAAACACAAGAAGCCCUCCUUUGGCUCCCGCUUGUCCGCUGCCUUCGCCAGGUUAUUUUGUGGAUGCUGUGGUAGCAAGAAGAAGAUCAGACAG